AUUCUCACGCCAAGCGUCGACCGCCUCGCAUCUAGUCGUGUGUCCAGUGGAAGGUGUCACAACGUGUUCGCGGUACCCUUUAUCAGUGCGCAGUGUCACAGUGGAUUUCCGUCUCUUUUCUACACCUACCACCAGAUCGCUGGGGAACCUGGGAAGGUAUUAUUGAAACGGAUAACUGAAUAAAAAGGAUGUCUACCACUAACAGAACAAGUGAUAUGUGGCUGACUCACCGCUAGUAUGAUUCUAGUACAUCGAACACUUUUAUUAGUUGUCGCCGUCUUCUUACAUGAGACGGUGGCAGAAGCCUCCAACGAAACGAGCUCUGAAAUCGAAUCUGAUGUGGAAUCAGACUUGAAAGAACUGGAAAAUGAGAGGCAGCUGUGGGAGAGAGAGGAUGAACAGCAGGAGGUGGAAUCAGGGAUAUGGUCCGGUUGGUCGGAAUGGAGUCCUUGCUCCAGAACAUGCGACGGUGGAGCCGCGUUCCAACUGAGAAGGUGUAAUGCUAUUUCGGGAUGCAAGGGACAAGCUAUCAGAUACCGAAUAUGCAACAUGCAGCCAUGCCCCGACGUGGUCGACUUCAGAGAGCAUCAGUGUUCCUCCUACAACGAAAUUCCCUACAACGACCAGAUGCUGUUCUGGAAGCCGCACUACAACGACGGCAAUCCGUGCGCGCUCACCUGCAUCUCCAACACGGGAGUCGUCGCAAAAUUGGCCGACUCUGUCCGAGACGGCACUCGCUGUAGGCCCGGCAGCCUCGACAUGUGCAUUGAGGCCAAGUGUCAGAGGGUGGGCUGUGACUUGAUGAUCGGCUCUCAGCUGAAGGUGGACGAGUGCGGAGUGUGUGGCGGAGAUGGCUCAUCCUGCCAACAGCCGCUCUACCACUGGGCAAUCACACCCAGCUCACUCUGCUCUGUCUCCUGUGGCGGAGGUUACCGUAUGUCUACAGUGGUGUGCAAGAACCGCGUGACAGGAUCACAGGUCGAAGCACAGCUUUGCAACGCGUCUCAGCAGCCUGAUGCCAAUCUAGUCGAAUGCAACAUGCAUCGCUGUCCUCCCAAGUGGAUAACUGAAGAGUGGGGCAGAUGCACUGUAAGCUGUGGAGGUGGAAACAGAGCCAGACACGUCUAUUGUUCUCAAGAAGCGAAUGCAACGAAAACAAAGGUUCCUGACCACAUGUGUCGAGGGCACAAGCCACGCACGAUUGAGCCAUGCAAUCCCAUUCCAUGUCCGCCCACGUGGGUCACCAGUGAUUGGGGAGAAUGCUCGGUGACGUGUGGUGAUGGAAUGCAGAGUAGGAAUGUGACGUGUCGCAUAUCCAAACAUGAUAAAACUGGAACUUCGACCUGCAAUCCUGAAUCCGAGCCAAGGCGCACACAAGCUUGCUCUACGGGAGUCAUGUGUCCAGAUGAAUCAGAGCCAAUUCCAGGUGUUGAAGAUCCAUUGCCUCUGCUGCAUCCCUACCCUCCGUUCCGGCCAACUGCUGAGAGACUGGUUGGCGAUUUAUCUCCCUCUUCGCAACCAAACCCAAUCAAAAUGUUCUUUGGGUGCGGCUGGUUGUAUGUAAGCUUUCGUGCGGAGCCUUGGGGACCUUGCAGUGCUUCCUGCGGCGAAGGAUUGAGGAAAAGAAACGUGAUUUGCAAGAUUUUCUUGGACUUUUCACGAAUAUUCAUAACAAGGCCAGAUCAAGAAUGCCAAGGGCCAAAGCCACCUGAAACAGAGCGCUGUUUGAAAGAGCCGUGCACUCCGGAUAACAAAUCCACUUCAUAUUGGGUUGAGACCGUAAGAGAUGGUGCAUAUGGUGAUCCCUACGAAUCAUAUAGAUCGUCUUCCUUCAGUGAAACGGGUAUAAAAGUUGCUCCAGGCAGUUCUGGUAAGAGCCAUUCAUAUUCGUGGAAAGAGCAGGGUUUCACACCAUGCAGUGCCUCUUGUUUAGGUGGAACGCAGGACCUGUUGAUAAUGUGCGUGAGGGACGAAGACCGAAAGGUGGUGAGUCCCUACCUGUGCUCGAGCGAGACGCGACCCGAGGGUCUGACGCGGACCUGCAACGAUCACCCCUGUCCCCCGCGUUGGAACCACUCGGAGUUCGCGGCCUGCUCGAGUCCCUGCGGCAUCGGCAUCCAGACGCGUGACGUCAACUGCAUCCACGAGGUGACGCGACAUGCUGGCAACACUGUCGUAGUGCCUAACAGCAUGUGCCCCCAGCCCCCGCCUCCCGACCGCCAGUACUGCAAUGUGCUCGACUGUCCCGUGCGAUGGCAUACCACCGAGUGGACCAAGUGUUCGAAAAGCUGCGGCGGCGGCAUCAAGACACGCCAGGUGACAUGCCGACAAGUGAUGGCGCAAAACCAUGUUGUGAGUCGAAACGCAGCCUCUUGUCCCGCCAACAAGCCGCAGGACCGGCGGCCUUGCAACACGAAGCCGUGCGCCUCCGAGGAGCAGUACCCCGUCAUCGCUGCCUCCAACCACACCUACGUGCAGCAGAACCCCAACAAGAAGAAGGUCAGCGUCAAGAUUGGCGGGCAGGCACAGGUGUUCAUCGGCACCCAGGUCAAGAUCAAGUGCCCCGUCAAGAAAUUCAACAGAACAAAAAUCCAGUGGGCUAAGGAUCAUAAAGUUCUUAGUACCAGAAAUACCGCAAGGUAUAAAAUUUCAAAGAAAGGAGCACUAAGAAUACAAGAGGUGGAAUAUACAGAUAGUGGUGUCUACACGUGCCUAGCGGGAAGAUCUUCAGCAGAUCUGACAUUGACAGUGAAGCCAAGACCUGGAGAUUUUCCCAGCUCAGAAGAAGUAAUGAAAACUCAUCAAAAUCAGUUAGAUCCAGGUAUGCAGGCAAACUCAGAUGUCCCAGGAAGGCCGUUCCAGCCGGGAAACGAGGACAUCAGCCAUGAGGUGAGACCCGACGGGGGACCAAAACCGGCACCCAAGAGGGUCACCCCGUCACCCCCCACCACCACCCGCCUCGAAGUCAGCAAGAUGGAGUCCAAUCUCUGGCCGGAACAGCACACCGGAACAACCACCAAGGCCAGGAGUGACUAUGAGCCGCCAGUUCCCGAGGACCCCCCCUCGACAGCGAUGUCCAAUAGUGGGUCACGACCCAUGCCCCACUUCCAGAUGCUAUUAGCCAAUCUACAGAACCUCUGGCCGUUCCAGUCGUUGGGGAGUUCGCGGGGCCACCGCAUGGUGAUGGAGGAGGCAUUGCCGCCCCUUCCCGCUGCCGCCCUAGCCUGCUCGAGUUCGGCGGCGAAGAGCACGAUCACGAUGCAGAAGGCAGUGACUCCGACGCCGACGCCACCUCCGAGCCCAAGGCGCCUCUCUUCAUUCUCGGAAAAGGAUCAGCAAAGAGUUUGAAAUUUGAUUGGAUGAUAACGGAGUGGUCCCAGUGCUCCGAAACGUGUGGUGGAAAUGGAUUUCAGGCGAGAGCAGCACAUUGUAUGGUUCGCCUACACAACACAACGCAGAACGUUGACACAAAUCUGUGCAUAGAUGCUGGUCUAUCAACUCCUUCAACUCUGCAGAAAUGUGGCCUAGAAUCCUGUCCGCACUGGGAAACUACCAUGUGGACGCCGUGUGCCGAGUCGCGUUGCUUCACAUGGAACACAGCCAUGCAACGGAGAGAGGUGAUCUGCCAAGCGGCCAAUGGGAGCAGCCUGGACAGCAAACUGUGUGACGACGCGGCCAAACCCACCCAGAGGCAGGAGUGCUACAACGACAAGUGCAAAGGCACUUGGAAAGUUGGAGAGUGGUCUGAGUGCGCGGCGCCGUGCGACGCUCAGGGCGUGAAGUACCGCAUCCUGCAGUGCGUGUGGUUCGGCACGAAGAAGCCGGCCGGCACGGCGUGUCGCGGGGAGCCUCGGCCCUCAGUCAUGAAGGUCUGUAAGGGUGCGCCGUGCUCCGAAAUGAUGGAGUGCAAGGAUCACUCCAAGUAUUGUCAAAACGUCCGAGCCAUGAACAUGUGUAGAAUGCAGAGGUAUCAGACACAGUGUUGCCAAUCUUGCAAAAACAGUGGGUAACUAGAGCUAUUUUUAGAGACUUCCUAACAAAUCCAGUUGGACAGUUGAAUAUUGACAGUCCUGAGUGAAUUAAUUAUUGUGUACAUAGUACGAGCAAUUUUUUAAUAAUGUACAGUUUAAUUAUAGCUUGAGGGCAAGUGUAUUAACGUGAUUCAUCCUAUUUUAUCGAUAUUAUGUUGUCCAUUACCUCUUUAUAGUUGUUAGAAUUGUUGUUAAUUCUUUAUUAUAAGAAUUUUUUGAUAGACUGUUAAUUUUAAAUAAUUUUAUAAUGUAGGCUUUAUUUGUAAUAUCAUGGCAUUUAUUACUGUACAUUAUUAAGGAUAAGUUGCUGAAACAAUGCACAUUGUGAUUAUAUAUUUCUUGGAAUAGGUUGAUUUCUUGUACUGAAAGUGACUUGAGAUAAAUUUUCAUUCACUGCAGAUGUUGAUAAAUAUUGUCCAUCAGUAAUGAAGAGAUGUAAUAGAAUAUACAAUUUAGAAAGUAUCCAAUAAAGCGGGAAUGUUGUAUGGGUGUAUAGAGGUGGAUCCAAACCUGUGUUUGGGGACUGAAUCGUUAUUCAAACCGUUGAGACAAUUUCUACUGAUUAGCAAACUUGAAAUUAUUGGAGGAGCGCCUUUUAAUUGAAUAUCUUUAUGAAUCAAUAGCAUAUAAUGCAUUUUUCAAUAAUAUUAAUAUUACUCCCAAUGUUCCAAUGCAGGCUACCUUGGAUCUGCCAUUGAUACACAUCAGUAUCAAUUUUUCUAUAAUUUUAUUGUAUAAUUGAAAUAUUAGAGAACUAUUAUUGGAAAUCAUUUUGUCCAACAAGAUCAAAUUUAUCAUUCCUCAACUGUUGUGUCAGUGAAUAAGUUAAUCCCUUGUUUGAAGGUUAUUAGGAAAUUACCAUGUUACUCCAAUUUCAAUUCGACAUUAAACUGUUGCCUUGUCUUGAAAUGGUGUUGUAAAAAUUAGAAUCUUUUAUCUAAGCAUAUCAUGUUCGUAUUAUAUAUCAGGCUGAAUGUGUAAGCUUUGACUUGAGCUUUUUUGGAAAUCUUUAGUUCUCUUCCCAUUGGUUACAAGCAGCAGAACUAAAUCACAAAAAGUAUUAAAUCUGUCAUUGAAAGAAGAUCCUCCGCUCAACCUGUUCUCAGCAACUGCUGAUAGACUAAUUAAUUAGCUAGGCCUAAUUUUGUUUCAUAUUAUCAAUUACACAAUUCAAAAACAAUGUAUGUUCCACUCAAUUAACAAGGAACAAUAUAAGAAUUGUAAGAUGAAUAAUUGUAACACUAGAUUUCUCAUCUCAUAUUACUUGUCACAUUAAUUUCAAGAAAACAGUGUUAAGUCAAAUUUGUAUAAAAAUAUGAAACUGAACAUUUUUUGGGUGUUCAGAGAAAUACAAAAAGUGGCAAUACCUACUUAGGAUCUAAAAAAACGUAUAAUUAUUUAUUUAUAUUUUCUUUGUAAUAUUAUCGUGGUAUAUGUCACACCCAUUGUCAAUGAAUGUGUAAAUGAAUUUAUAGAAAAAAAAUUAGCACAAACUGUAUUGGGAUAGAAAAUCAAUUAUUUAAUUUGAUAUUUUGCGUUUGCAAAUUAUAUAUUUUCAUUCACUCUUUAGAGAAGAAUAAACGGUGUUUGUAGUGAGACUUGAACUCCAUAUCUCAGAGAGAAAUUGAUUCUAGCUAGCAAUUUGAUUUAUGAUGUAAAAUUCACUAGUUAUUCAUUUCCACUGCAUUAAUGAAAUUACUUCAGGGUAUGAAUCUUUCAAUUUCUUAUUGUAUUUUAACAUUGCUUUCCACUUUAUUUGUUUUUUACUAUUUUCUUUCAAAUACUAAUAUUCAUCUCUCUUGAAUGUGCUCUAUAUGCUUAGUCAGGCCUACCAAUAAUCGCGGUUUUCCAUACAUGUAUUAUUUUAUGCAACUUUGAUGACUAGACUACAUUUAUUCAGACUUUUUUGGCUAUAUUCAGGCAGAUUUAUACAGUCAAUGUUUUCUUAUUUGAAAAUUUACAGUAUAAUAAUUUCUAGACGACAGUUUUUAAAAUAAAUCAAUAUUACAGUAUAAUAAUUACUAGACGACAGUUUCUAAAAGAAAUCAUUGUAUAAGUUAAAUGUAUUUUAGUUAUAUAAGCCCACACACUUAAGUAAAAAAUAUUUCUCGAAUGAUAAGAUGCAAUACAGUAGGUACUGUAUUGUGUGUUUGGCCUGAAUAUGAUAAAUAAAGAGUGAAGUUUAACGAUUCUUUAAAACGUAUGCUUGUGAGUGUGUACAGUAUUAUUAUAAGUGUUACCUUAGAGUAAUUUUAAAAUAAAUAUUAUAUUACAAUUAUUCUGCUGUUGAAUACUAUAAUAAUGGUGAGUAGAAAAAGAAUGAAAUUUGGUUUUGCGACAUGGUUCUCUGUUUCUUAUUGCAGAGAUAAUUGAAUGGAUAUAAGACUGAAAUUAAUGAUAGGAUUUCAUGUAUAAAUUGAAGCCAUGACAUAUUCUACUUCUCUAUUUAGUGUUUAACUGCUUGAUGUUCGCGAAGGGAUGUGUUGAUCCACUAUAUUAUCAAAUAAUCAGUCUGCACUUAUGUGAACAUUCCAUGCAAUUUUUUUAAUAUGCACUCAAACGGUGCAACAUUAUGUAGAUCGUUGAAAUAACGUGAGUAUGGACCUGGCUUAAAAGAGCAGGCUAUCAUUACCUUGUGCUUUUUCAUUUCCAAGUAGGUAUAUCAUGUUACCAAUAUUACUGUGUAGGAAUUUAUAGAAUCAUUUAUUAAAUUCUAUCAGCUAUAGAACUUAUUCUUCCUGCCUCAGGAUACAAAAUCAUCUCUCUUUUAAAACUGAGACAGAAAAACUAAAGUGAUAAUCACAUUCCAAUUCAUAGAAACACAGAGUUACAUUAUACACAGUUUUUUAAUUAUUAUUGUAUGUACUAAAAACAUUCUGUCAGGUUGAAAAUUCACUUGACAAAAAAUACAAAACUUCUCUUAUAUAGAUUUUCAUCCACGUUUGCUUUUUACAGGUAGGUGUACGGUACCCUACUUUAUUUUUUGGAAGUUUGUUCCAGAUAUUGAAUUAUCUCUGGUGAUAUUAAAAAAUGUAUGUAUCUCUCCGUACCGUAAUAUUUGCUAUUAAGUAAUCUUUUUGUAAGCCAGUAUAAUUUUCAUCAUUAAAGAGUGGAUUUGGAAGUUGGAUCAAGUUGGGUCAAGAUUUAAAUUGCUUGAUGAUAUUCAUUGAAUUCAAUUUUCUUAUGUGGAUUGAAUUUUCAACAAGUACUCAAUUUCAACAUAGUUUGCAUAAUGUAAGCUAUAAAAACAUUUUAAUCAAUUUCAUAUUGAUUUCUGGAGAAAGAUGCAUAUUUUAAUGUAGGUACCGUAAUUAAAUAUAAUCAAUGAUUGAUAUUACAAAUAAAGUUAUUAUUUGUAGGAUUAGAAUAAAUUCCAAUCUUAUUUGAAUUUGUAUGAAACAACUGAUAUCAAAUUCCCAAUAAUUGUAGCUUCAAAGUACGAUGGGAGUAGCUUCGAAUGGUAAUGUUUAAUUUGUUUUACUAUAAAAGCAAAUUUCUAGCAGCAGUUCAAUUUCUAGUCUAGGAGAUUCCAAAUAAAUCAUUAUUUUAUUACUAGUAAAUCCGAUAGUAUCCCCUGAGCAGAAUCUUCAUUCAUAACUUCCAUUCCAUUAUAAAAUAUUUCUGAAUCAUAGUUCUAUGCUACUCAGGUCUAUGUCACUGAACUUUGAAUGAAUGAUCUCACUAUUUCUAUAUAUUAUGCGUCACUGUAUAAAAAUAGAACUUGUGCAAAUGCGUAAAUAUUGUAUUAUAAUAAUUUAAUGAAUAAAGUUUUGUAAAUAAAAUUUUCAGCAAGAUCUUCUGCCUGAAACAUGUAAAUAAAUAGGGUCAGUAACUUCUAAUCUUAAAGACGAGCAUCUUUUUCUCAUUCAAUGCAAAAGUAGCAAAAUUAUUACACUUGAGCUUCGUGUACAUUCCGCUGACCUAGCAUAAUAUUACAUUAGUUAUAACAAGUUAAUCUUAACUUUAUCGUUGUAGUUAUAAUAUAUAGUUUAUUUUGUUGUGACCUCCCCAAAUUAGUAAAUAUUGUUAUAAAAUUGAUUACAUUAUUCAAAGUGAUAAAUCAUUCAGUUAUACUUUGUUACAAAUUAUAAUAAGAGAACACAUUUUAGAAAAUAUUCAAUACUUUUUGUUUCCACGCUUUUCUCAUCAUCUCUCCCAAUGAUGAAUCAACUCUGCUUUUAAUCUGAUUCUCAUACAACGAAAUAAAAAAAUCAUUAAUCAGAAAUGAAAUGCUGGACUUAAAACCAUAUAGAUCUUGAAUCGUAUAAGACUAUAUAUACAAGACUUUUUCUAAGAUCAUUUAUUUAUAGGAACCGUUCGGAUCUUAAGAGUAGACAGGUAAAAUCUGUUUGUAUGAGAAAAACUUGAUUACGCAAUUCAGUAUCAUUAACAAAAAUUAGAAAAAAAAUUAAAGAAAAUAUUCCUGUUGAAUUUAUCAGAGAUGUUCAUUAAUUAAUUGUAGUUUUUUAAUGAAUUGAAUUAGUACGGUAUAUAAGUGUUUUAUUUUUUAUAAGAAUAUUUUGAAUAAUACUCAGUCAUUAGAAUUUUUUUGCAUUAAAAAACGUUCUGAAGCAAUACUGGAAGCAAUUUUGAUUAAACCAUCGAGUAUGCAUUCCCAUGAUGAAUGCUAGUUUGUUAAAAGAUAAAUCUUGCUAGAUUCCUCAUAACCAUAAUUUUUAUAACUAGGCUACCUACUAUAUGCACAACUUUUCACGAUCACGGUAUUAUUACGAUCGAAUAAUAAUAUUUCAGUGAACUGGGAAAGAUUUCAACUGGUAUUUAUUCAAAGUAAAAGUAGAUGCAUUUAUCGUUGCUUUCAUUUAAGAUUAUUUUUGUAUAUUUCUGUAGAUUAUUUUUCAUAUUUAGAGAGUGAAAAAUUUCUAUAUGAACCUCCUAGUGGUAUUUCAUUCCUGAUGAUUUUGUUCAAUAAUUUUAAGAUGGAGAUUAUGUAAAUAAAAUUAAAUUUAUUCAAGUUA